UUUGUUGGAAGAUCCGAGGUUUGCGAGACCACGUCGCACUAUACACCACAAAAUACGGAAUGCCGUGUGAAAGUUAUCAAAAUUUAUACACGAAAGUAAAACGACGAAUCGAAAACUGAGUCAAAAGUGGCGGAUUGUUUUUACAAGGGUCGCAACUUUAGUGGAUAAAACAGACGAAAAUUCCCCAAAACUUCGCGAUACCGACCGCUUCUAAAUUCGUGACCGGCCACCCACGUACGUAUUUUUCAAGCAAAAAAAUGCCGCCGACGACCGCCGCCGAGUUUUUGCGUUUUUCGUCUUCCUCCCGUGCGUACGUAUCAAUUGGCAAAAACUGCUGACAUUUCGGGGGCAGAUGUCGCUCGUGUCGAUUUUGACGUUUCAAAAUUUUCGCAUAACCAAAUAAGGGAUUUCUGUCUUAUUUCGUGAACUAGAUAUGUGGUGCAUCUAGAUAAGAUCAAAACGGCUCGAUCUUAUGCACUAACCGAUGUAAAUAGUUCGUUCGAACGGUAGCAAUAAAACGAAACGAAGAUGUCUUUCCGCGUCGUCCGCAGCUCAAAGUUCCGUCACGUGUACGGCCAAGCCCUGAAAAGGGAGCAGUGCUACGACAACAUCAGGGUGAGCAAGAGUUCGUGGGACGCCACUUUCUGUGCGGUCAACCCCAAGUUCCUUGCCAUUAUCGUGGAGAGCGCCGGCGGGGGCGCCUUCAUCGUGUUGCCCCACAACAAGGUGGGGCGCUUGGCCGCCGACCACCCGCUCGUGGGCGGACACAAGGGGCCCGUGCUGGACAUCGCGUGGUGCCCCCACAACGACAAUGUUAUCGCGAGCGGCUCGGAGGACUGCGUCGUCAAAGUCUGGCACAUACCUGACGGGGGCCUCAUCAAGACCCUGACCGAGCCAGUCGUCGACUUGGUCUGCCACCAGAGGCGGGUCGGCUUGGUUUUGUGGCACCCGACGGCGCUGAACGUGUUACUGACGGCGGGCAGCGACAACCAAGUGGUCAUUUGGAACGUCGGGACGGGUGAGGCUCUGGUCAAACUCGACUGCCAUCCGGACAUCGUGUACAGUGCCUGCUUUAACUGGGACGGCUCGCAGCUCCUCACCACCUGCAAAGACAAGAAAAUUAGGAUGAUCAACCCCAGGACCGGGGAAGUCGAAUCUGAGGCCAUUUGCCACGAAGGUUCGAAAGCCACGCGUGCUAUCUUCCUCCGACACGGCCUCGUUUUCACGACAGGCUUCUCCAAAAUGUCGGAACGCCAAUACAGUCUUCGAACUCCAGACGCACUCAACGAGCCAAUCGUUAUGGUGGAACUCGAUACUUCGAACGGUGUCAUGUUUCCACUGUACGACCCCGACACCAACUUAGUUUACUUGUGCGGAAAGGGCGAUUCGGUUAUUCGUUACUUUGAAAUAACCGCCGAACCACCAUUCGUCCACUACAUUAACACAUUUCAAACCCCAGAUCCACAACGAGGGAUAGGUAUGAUGCCCAAAAGGGGCUGCGAUGUCACGUCCUGCGAAAUCUCCAGGUUUUAUAGGCUAAACAAUUCGGGCUUGUGUCAAGUUAUAACGAUGACCGUCCCCCGAAAGUCUGAGUUGUUCCAGGAGGAUCUUUACCCCGAUACUUUAGGCGACAGCUCGGCGUUGACAGCAGAAGAGUGGAUCGAGGGUAAAGACGCCGAACCCAUUCUGAUUUCGCUGAAAGACGGCUACAAACCACCUGAAUCGAAAGCCACCAUUUCAGUCACGAAAAGAAACAUCCUGGAUAAAGGUUCGUCGAAAGGGUCGAAAACUCAGAAUCAGACGCAAGUUUCUGAUAAAACGUUGCAAGAGUUCGCUGACGAAAUCAGGAAGUUGAAAGCGAUGAUUGUUAAGCACGAGAACAGGAUCAGGGCGCUGGAGGCCGAAGUGGCGCUGAGUAAAGCGAACGCGGACGAAGAUGGGUCCGGCGGAGACGGGCUGAACACAGGGCAUACCUUAGGAGAGGACGAAGUAUAAUACAAACAAGCACAAAAGUUGCCUUAUCAUUUCUACACGAGUGCUCAAAUUGUUUGCAAUUUUCGCUUCUUUUUUGAUACAUUAUCUAAGUAUAAUAUAUUUAUUUUAUCAUUUUUAUUUAAUUAGUAUGUCAUUUUUUAUCACCCCAAAGUGCUCUUUAAUAUUAUCUAUGAUUGUUAAAUGCCUAGAUGUAGAGGAUAUAAUAUUUUGAUGAAACGUUAGUUAUAUUUAUAUAGUUUAUAAUGAUUAUUCAGGGAGUUGUCGACUAGCGCUUUCGACUUUUUACAUGACAAUAAUUAUGACAGACUUCGAUUUUUUUAGGGAUUUUGUACAUAACCGUUCGUUCUGCGUGAAAUAUUGUAGGUUUAAUCGCUAAUUAAAGACAUUUUAUGUGUAAAUAUUCUCUGAUGGUGGCAACUUAGUGACCGAAACGUCUUACUCGAUAACUCUCUCAUUGUGAAGUUUGUGUGUUCCAUGUAUAACAACGAAUAAUGUAAAUAAAUGUAUAAAUAUGUAAUGCAUUUGCAACAGAGAAACUAAUAAUUGUUUUAUUAGUAUUUUUACAAAUACAUUUUAAAGUUUUA